GGCGCGUAUCGAUCCAUCCAUCCAUCGUGCUGAUCGAUCGGUCCAACUCGAUCGUCGCCGCCGACCGGCCGGUUGCCAUGGGAUGGAGGAGGAACGACGGCGGCGGCGGCGGCGAGGCCGUGCCGAGGGGGUGCGUGGCGCUGCUGCUGGUCGGCGACGGCGACGGCGACGGCGGCGGAGUGGAGAUCACGAGGGUGGUGGUGGAGGUGACGGCGCUGGGGCAGCCGCGGGUGGGGGCGCUGCUGGAGAAGGCGGCGACGGAGUUCGGGUACGGCCAGGACGGCGUGCUGCGGAUCCCCUGCUCCGCCGACGAGUUCCGGCGAGCCCUCGCCAUGGACGCCGCCGGGGCUCGGUGACGUACGUACGACAUGUACUUAGGUGGUGCUAGUGAAUACUAGGAUAGUACAUGAGCCUUGGAUUUUUAGACAUAACAUGUUAAGGCUCAUUUGAAACGCUACACUUUUACAUGAUUUUCAUAGAGAACGUCCGUUUCCUCCAAAAUUUGAAUAAAAUCGUGUACGAGACAUUACCGAGCAGUCUCUCAGUACGAGUUGACUCGAGAUGGCAAAUAAUCAUUAUAA